AUGAUCGCCUCACAGAUUUGGCUCAUCACCGGCUCGUCGUCAGGCUUCGGGAGACUCGUCACGGAGGCAGUCCUGGAGAGCGGUGGCAUCGUCAUCGCCACUCUUCGCGACCCAGAGGCCCUCUCUGAUGUCGCAUCGAGAUACCCGUCCAACAAGCUCUCGGUGGUUAAACUGGAUGUGCGUAACCCCGACGAGAUCCGCGAUGCGUUCGCCAGGGCGAAGGAGCUCUUCGGGCGGAUCGACGUCGUCUUCAACAACGCGGGGUUUUCGCUCCUGAGCGAGGCGGAGAGCGCGCCGGAGGACGUCGCUCGGGAGUUGUUCGACGCGAAUUUCUGGGGCGCUGCGAACGUCAGCCGGGAGGCCGUCAAGUUCUUCCGCGAGGUGAACGUCCCGCAAGGUGGUCGACUCCUGCAGGCGUCGUCCGCGGGAGGUAUCGAGGGCUAUCCCGCCCUCCCGUACUAUUGCGCAAGCAAGUUCGCGCUGGAAGGCUUCACGGAAGGUCUUGCCUCGGAACUGCGUCCCGAGUGGAACAUCAAGGUGACGUCGAUUGUCCUCGGCUCAUACCACACCAACGCUGGGCGCAACAUGAAGCGGCCCCCGCCUCACCCCGCCUAUGUCGACGCCACGACGCAGCACCCUACAGCGCGGCUUUACCUCUACACGAAGUCCGCCGCCUACCCCGAGGAUGCCGCCCAUCUGAUCUGCAAGGUCGCAGAACUGCAGGACCCGCCUCUGCGCCUGCCGCUAGGGCAGGACGCCGUGGAGGUGCUGCGGAGGAAAGGGCAGAGCCUCCUCGAGACCGCGGAAGAGUACCAGGCGUGGUCGGAGAACGUGCCGUUGAUCAGCUCCGAGGAAUACUGUUUGAAGCUCAGCCAGCAGGCAGCGAAGAUGAAGACGAGCUGA